UCGUGACGGUCGGACAAAAUCAAUAGGUCCUCCAGGAGCGCGCAUGCCCGUCCACAUCGAGCGCGCCCGGGCCACCAGUGAGCGAGUGAAAGGUGUGUACUACCAGGAUGGUCGUGGUUAAUCACGGUUUUAUAAUAGUCACGCGGUAAGCGAGUGCCUUUAGCUGUGUUCCUCUGUGUGCGACCGCCAUGGUGCUCUAGGGACAGGAUGACCUGUGCUCUACGGUUAGUGUUGGCGGCCCUCGCCGUGGCCCAAUUCCCCGCCUCCUUCCAGCAGGACGAAGACAUCCCCCACAACGAAGUGAAAAACUGGGCCCUCAAAUUUGGAGUUGAUCUUUGGGAGUUUGGCAGACAGUUCACUAAAAUGAACGAAAUACAAAGGAAAUACCACGACAAGGACGCCGAGGUGGCGAGAAAGGACGGACUGUUGCUAAUCAGAGAAUUGGCUGCGGAGGUCAAGAACAUGAUGGACAUCAAGAUGAACGCAGUCAUGAGGAUAAUGGACUCUGCCGAACAAGCGGCACUCUCACAGAAGAUGGAGGGAGGCACUCCCAAGUACUAUAACAGCAGGAAAUUGGCGAACCCCGGAGAAGAACAUCGAGGACCCGGGUGGCAAGAAUUGCUCUUGAUCCCUAAUAGACAUUUCGAUCACCAGGCUGUUAAUACAAGCUUCAGCUCGGUCUUGUUGCCACAGGCUCUUUCUGACUCAGAUCCUCAAGUGAUAAACGCCCUCAGGUGGUCAGAGCAUCUAGAUCCAGUGUUUGUAAAUAACUAUGAGGUAGAUCCUUCUCUAUCAUGGCAGUUUUAUGGCAGCACUACAGGAUUUCUGAGAAGAUUUCCAGCCAUGAAGUGGCCAACAGAGGAAGUGUUGCCAGUGCGAGAUCUCCACGACUUCCGGUGGAGCAGUUGGUUUGUAGGUGCUGCAGAUAGUCCUAAGGAUAUCGUCAUCCUGUUGGACACCUCCAACUCGAUGAGCGGCAAUAACAAGCAGCUGGCACGUGCCACGGUGGCUGGCAUCCUUGACACUCUCACUGACAAUGAUUUUGUCAAUGUCUUCACGUUCUCCGAGGUCACCACCGAGCUUCUGCCAUGUUACAAAGACAUGCUUGCACAGGCGACAGAAGCGAACAGAAGAGAGCUCAAGUCAGCGCUCGACGGUGUGAAGUCUGAUAAUAUAGCAAACUUUACUGGUGCUUUUGCGACUGCCUUUGAAAUCCUUCAUAAGUACAACCGCACGGGCCAAGGGUGCCAAUGUAACCAAGCCAUCAUGCUGGUGACGGACGGACCCUCCAACAGUUUCCAGGAGGUGUUCAAGCAGUACAACUGGCCCCACAUGCCUGUCAGAGUCUUCACCUACCUGGUCGGCAAGGACACUUCCAACGCCAAGGAGAUGCACUGGAUCGCUUGCAACAAUAAAGGAUAUUACGAACACGUGAAAAGUGUGGAGGAAGUGACGGAGAAAGUGUUGAACUACGUGAAGGUCAUGGCUCGGCCGAUGGUGAUGUAUCAGAACGAUCACCCGAUACAUUGGACCCCUGUCUACGCCGGUGGGAAGACAAACACGCUGUUGGCCAACUCUGUCAUGGAAGGUCAACUAAUGACUUCAGUGUCGACUCCGAUAUUCGACCGGAGAAACUACUCGGAAAGGGCUGCCAACCUACUGGGAGUGGUCGGUACAGACAUCCCCAUACGGCAGUUGAUGAAACUGGUGCCUCCUUACAAGCUGGGUGUCAACGGAUAUUCUUUCAUAGUUAACAACAACGGCCACGUUCUCUAUCACCCAGACCUCAGGCCUUUGCUAAAUAAAGACUUGUUUGUGGAAACGUUGAAGCCCAACUACAACAACGUGGACCUGAGUAGCGUAGAACUGGUGGAUUCGGAGACAAUGAGUCUUGAAAACAACACGCUACUCAUGGACUUGCGACACGACAUGAUAGAGCAAAAAGAAGGAGAGACUGAGCUAAGAGUCAAGGUUCACUACGACGACAUGAAAAGAGUAACGAUAAGGCGGCACAAAUACUUCUAUCACCCGAUAGACGACACUCCGUUCUCACUCGGCCUGGCUCUACCAGACGGCUACGGCAUGUAUGAGGUGUUGGCAGAACAGGAGAUAAAGCUCAGUCACAUAAAUGUUACGGAGUACUUCAAAGGCAACAACUGGCGCGUCCACCCUGAUUGGGUGUAUUGUGAGUACAAUUACGCAAACGAACACUACUUUGCCUCACCUGAGGAGCAAGUAGUACACUUCUUGUCGCGCACGCGACGUCCGGGCUGGAAGUGGAUGUCCCUCCGCCCGAGGUCACCUCACAGAUCCUCUGAAAAUCAUGCUGGCACGAAAAAAAUGGAAAAGGAGUCUUACUACUGUGACAAGUCGUUGAUGCAGUCGUUGGUGUUCGACGCCAUGAUCACACACGAUAUCCAGCGCGCUCCGACGUCCACGCUGAAGGAGGAUAAGCACCCGAUUGCCACACUGAUGGCGUUGCUCCACAGACAAGGCUACACCAUGUUUGGAGUCACGCUUUCGUUCAUCGCCACACGCAGCGGGUUGCUGCGCUGGGAGGAGCACAUGGCUUCCGGGCAGAGUGAUCCACACUUCAGUGAAGUGAACCGGCUUGCCAUGGAUGAAACUUGGUACAAGCGAGCGGUAGACCAGCACAGUAUAGAGCCUGAGAGUUUCGUUUUCUCUGUUCCUUUUGACUCAGGAGGUGGCAGUCACACGUUGGUGACAGCCACGCACGCAGUGUUCGUGGAACACAAAGGUCACCGCGCUCCGGCCGCAGUGGUCGGGCUACAGUUCCAACAUUCUGUCCUCGCUUCGCAUUUCAUCAACAUCACAUCUGCCUGUACGGGAGGGGCAGGGUGCAAAAAGACCUGUGCGUCAGAAGAGUUGGACUGCUACGUCUUGGACAACAACGGGUUCAUCAUCCUGUCCGAGAAAUCUGAACACACGGGAAUGUUCUUCGGGCAGGCUGACGGCACCAUCAUGGACUCUCUGGUGCAGGACGGCAUCUACAAGAAGGUCUCAGUUAUGGACUACCAAGGGGCGUGUGUUGACAGCAAGUCCAAUGUCAACGCCGGCUUCAAGAUGCUGCUACCAUGGCAGACACUGGGUUGGUUUCUACAGUGGUUCGUCUCCCGGCUUUUGUGGCUCUCUGCGCAGACUCUGUACCCGGGCAGCUAUGCGCAGGAGGAUGUUGAGAAUCCGAUCUACUCGGACGACUAUGAGACUAAUUUCGACCAGUACGGUGGAAGCAGUGGAGGUGGUGGUGGAGGUGCUGGUGGUGGGGGUGGUGGUGGUGGUGGUGGGGGAGGUGAAACGGUGAAAGUAUUCCCUAAUGAAGAGGACGCCACACCUUACCUGCCGCCCCCACCUAGAGCUCUGCCCCCGCAGCUCCCACGAGCACAGCCUCACAACCGCACACACGCUCGUCCCUGUACCAAGCGGGUAGAUCUGUACAUCCUGCAGCCCGGCAGGCUCAACAACAGCGGUUCCUUCAAUCCCCUCAAGGGCAAACUGACCAACUGCCAUGUCACUGGGUGUGAGAGGCCGUUCAGCGUGCAGAAGAUUCCUCACAGUAAUCUGAUCCUGCUGGUGGUGGAUACGUUGUGUCCGUGCGGCAGCAAACAGCUGAGCAUCACGGCUCAAGAGUUGCCACCUCCAGAGCAGUGCCGCAUCCCCAUGUCUCACAGCCUCUACAGGCGGAGACCCUCCAAGUGUAUCAGCUACCAUCCUGAGGAGAUAGAGAUAAAGCAGUGUGGGGGUUCCUGCCAGUUGGUUGCACUGCUAACUCUGAUAGUGACGACAGCGUUGUUGGUGGCUCAGGCGUCAUGAUCUAGAUGGCGUCUCUAACUCCUCAAUUCUUGUUACCAGAGUACGCUCCUGUUGUUUGGGUCUGACUUUGACUCUGUGGUUCUUUUGGUAUAAAAGAAUCUUGUAGCUGUAAAAAGUAAAUUAGUGACUCAUGGUCCAUAUCUUGAAAUUAAAAUGGAGCGUGGUCGACCGAAGAGGUAGAUAGACUUCUCGGAGGAUAUUCUACUGUGGUAAUCACAGUGUUGGCCUGCGAUUCAUACUGAACUGUUAUCAAGAGAGCUUAAAAACUGAGUGGAAAAAUAACUCGGACAUGAAAUUGAUUUUUAUUGUUUUUGACCAGUGGUCAACAUGAUUUAAUCAUAUGUGAAUGAAAAUAUGUGGAUUCAUUAAAUUUAAAGUACAAUUUCAGAUUUGCAUGAUAAAAUUUAAUCAACUCUAUGAAAACUAUUUGUGUUUGCCAUUCUUUUGAUCCAAGAGUAUUGUAUAAAAUGUUCAGAUUACAAUAAUUUAUUUUUGCAAUUAUUGCUCUGAUUACGAGUAAUUAUUGAGAACUGUACAUUUCUUCCAAUAAGUAAGUUUUUACACAUUUUGUGUACAAAUUUAGGUGUUUUGUAAAGUAAGGAAAAAGAACAAUAAAAAUAGUUGCUAUGACUAGUGAAUUUAUUUUUAAACGCUUACUUAAAUGAGACAUGAAAUUUUAAUCCUUCAAUAUUAAUUUGUCAAACUAUUAUGUGUAUUAUAAGAAAAAUUUAUAAAUAAACCCUACUGUUUACACAUACUUAAUUGGUGAAGAAAUUGUACUUAACUCUUAGCUUUUUACAUUGACUACACAUUUGUUUAUAAGGUAGGUAAAUGUAAAACUUUGAUAAUUUAUAAUGUAAUUAGUAGAUUAAAUUGAAUUAAAAUGAGUAAUACAGAGCUAAAAUAUUUUUUAAACUAAUGAAAUUUAUAAAAUGUAGGAUAGGUUUAGUGAAGCAAUGCUAUGGUGAUUUCUUUUAUUUAUAUCAGUAUUAACAACCAUGAAUAAUUGGAGAUUGGGAUUUUUUUAACUUCAGUCAAAUUUGUCUUUAUAUACCACUCUGCUUUUAUCCUAAACAAUAGUAAUUUCAUCCUCAGUAAAGAAAAAACGCACAAAUGCAUACAACCAAGUUAAUUUUAACCGUCUUUAAUAUGUUUGCUCCUUAUGCAGUAAAUGUUGUGUUCAUUAUUAGUUUUGAGUUGUUUUAAUUUUGAAAUUUUAACGGCUGAUGGGAUUUUUAGGCACUAAGACUGUCUAAUGAGGUACAUGCUUAAUAUUGUGAAUUGUAAUGGCAAAGUGAAUCUACGAGAGAAAUAGAUACUGUAAGAUUGUUUUGAUUGUAAACUAGUUUUGUCAGUGGUUGAUUAAAUACUGCAAAUAACAAGACAUGUAUAAUGAAACAUUGGAACAGAGUAUGGACGAGUAUUUUUAGAAAAUUGAAAUUAGCAAUUUAAACAUAAUAUAGUUAAUGUAUUGCACUGGUGGCAUGGCCUCGUACUUGAUUAAGUUGGGGUAAGCUUUUGUGUCUCCCGAUGUCCAUCCGUACUAACCUCUUUUAUGGUGUGCAGCCUUUAAAGGACUGGAAUAUCGUGGUUCAGAAUCCACAUGAAAUUACAGGACUCCCUUGGUUGUGAUUGGUCUAUUAAUUAACACUAGCGAAGAAACUGUUGAUUUUGAGCUAUUGAUGGGAUUUCCAUUCGCUAACUAAACUCAUCUCCAUUUAUAUUCACCUAAAAAUAAUACUUAAUUUUGUUUAUAUAGGCAUUCCAAGUGGGAAAAAUUGUUAUAUUCAGAAGUUACAUCGACAUUUUUAUAAAAUUAAUUCAAUCCAGGUACUUUGAAAGAUUUAUUUCCUAAACUUAUCUGGAACUUCAGUUUCAUGGGUGAGCUAUGAUAAGUCACGACUGGGUAUUGAGGAUACAGAAGCUAUAAAAGAAUAAUAUCAGUAAAAAAUGGUUGCAAAUUAAGUUGGAUGCAAAGGCACACAGUUGUUGACAAGGGGCAGCACAACAAUGAAGUUAGAGGUGCUAUACGUUAAACUGGGGAAAAACAUUAAGUAGGCUGCUUCUGGGUCAAAAACAAAGGUUUAAUAUGUUGUAGUAAAAAAAAGUGGACUAUUACAAGAUUCACAUUACUGUGUUUGAGGAGCCCUAAGUAGGUGCGGUCAAGUAGGAUGGUACAGAGAGAGUGCGGCUUCAGUACGGGAAUCGUCCUUUGAGAAAGAGGGAACACACCCUUAAGAAAGAUCGUCUGGAAGUGGCCCGGGUAUGAAAAUAGGGACACCAUCACCCUUUCAGAGCUACGAUGACUAGACUCUUGAAAUAAAAGACUGCCACCUCUAUUUCUAUCAGCGUUAUUCACUGACAUAGCUAGACUUAAUUUAUAAAAAAAGGCAGAAACAAAUAAUAAUACUGUAACUUUUAUUUUCCGAUUGCACUCCCUUUCACAAUUCUACUAUGUGAUUGAAUACAAAUAUUAGAUAUUGUAAACAAUCAUUAUGAUGAAGGAAAAAUCUCACGUAUGCAAUCAUUUUGCAUGAUCCCUUUUGAAAGAAAUAAAACAAAUCCUUAUCAAUGUCUUUGGGACCAAUAAACUUUGAGUUAUGUAUAACCCAAAUACUGUUUCUGAUUAUUUACAGCCGUACACAAAACUAUCUUUCUUUGGAACUUUACAUUGAAUUUACAAUAAUUGGUCAUUGUAAAGAGAUUAUUUAAGGAAUUCAUCACAAACCUCUUUGUCACAAUAGAAUAAUUGUUUUAAAUUUGGAAAUCCUUGCAUCUACAGAUUACCUUUGCUUAUUUUAAAUAAUUUCUUCAUUACCAUUAAAAUCAGCUGCUACAAUUGCCAAAAAAAUAACAGCUGCGUUAAAAAAGAAUUUUGUUGAUGCCUUGUAUUAAGUAGCCAGAAACAAUUGAUAUGAAAUCAAUGAUUUCCCGGUUAUUCACUUUAAUACAGUCUUGCAAAUGAAUGCUACCGUAAAAGAGUCUCAGAUUGCAUUUCUAUUUCUCAUCAGAGAUUCAAUUGCUGUUGCAAUAAUUAUUUAUUUCUAAAAUGAUUAGAAUUGCUAAACAUUCUUUAAACACUAGGCUUAAUUAUUGUCAAAUGUUCCGCUUUGAGCUGAUUUUCAAGGUGACCCCGAAUAAAUUGUAUAUAAUCUUUACAUUAACUAAGACAUACUGGGUCUGAUUAUGCUAUGGAACUUACUUCAGCUACAAAGCAUCAGAAUAUUUGGGGUUUCACUUCUUAAAAACUUUUCUUUGUACAGUGCAAUACUUGAAAGAUGCGGAAUGUAAGAAAAUGUAUCCAAACCCCAUUUUUUGUUGACUAUAAUUUACGUCUAGUGGUGUUAAAAUUAUGUUGGCAUAUUCUCAGCUUUGUUAUUCGCAUUAUUGAAAUAAACUGAAAGAAUAACGUAAGAUAAAAGGUUUACUAGAUUGUUAUAAUCUGUAGUGUAAUCUCGGUAUAUAUAUAUUUUAUUUUUAUGCAAAGCAAUAAUAUUGUAAGGUAUCGGAUUGUAAUGAGAAUGUAAUAAAAGUUAAGAAGUGAAACUUGUUCACAUUAAGUAAAGUUAAGUUGUAUGUAACGGUUCACAAAGGGCCUUCCAUAAAUCGCCAGACUAGAGUUACGUUUCACCGCGACCCCUGACAAAUAAUCCCAGAGCAACUAAAUAGUGUUGGUGUGACAAUAAUUUUAUAACAUUUUACUAUUGAUUUAAUCAAGAACCUAUUAGAUGACUUAAGCAUCGUUAAAGAGUGUGGUUGUUAAAGUGAAGAUUCGGCUUAGCGUUUUUAAAGUUUUCUCCUAAAUUGAAAUUCUUGACACUUAAUUAAUUAAAGAAAAUAUUAGCGUAGCUGUCUACAAAUAUUUAUUACAAAUAUUGAUUGUUAAAUGAAUAAUAUAAUGAAGUAUAUUUAUAAUUUUCAUGUAGAGAAUUUAUGCUGUUGUUGUAGCCUAGCAUGUUAUGUUGUGUAGUAUAUUUGUUAAUGUUCUGUUGAAAAUGUCCGUUCAGAAUUAUCGACCCUGAAUUAGCCAGAGCAAUAAGCCCAGUAUUGUAAAUAAUCUAAAUGAUCGCUUGAACAUUCAUAUCGAUGACAUAUCUAUCAUUUGGAAUUUUCCUGUAAUAUUUGAUCCUUAGGAAUUUUAUAACAUUAUAACACAUUUUGAUGAUCAUUAAACUUGUGAAAUUAAUUUUAAAUCGAUUUGAGAUAAACAUAUCUAAUUGAUACAAGAACGUUUUAGGUAAAUCUAAUAUUUCCCAAGUAUCUUUAUACUUACUAAUAAGGAGAUAUAAAUGAUUGAAACCACAUUAAUGCAAAUUCUAAAAUUUAUUUAGUUUUCACUAAUAUUUAUUUAGAUACAAGUAUUUUUAUCUUAAAAUAAACUAGAAGUUUUUAUAAAACCUUUACCCUGAUUAUCUGGUAUUAUGCGUAUGAGAUUAUGAAGUAACUUACAGAAAUGCAAUAAAAUAAUUUUAUAAUUAAUCAGUUUAUUAUGAUAGUUAACUAUAAAUAAUUAAUUAUAUUUUAGUGAUUAAUUGUAUACAUUUAUUGACUAAAAAUUUACAAAGCUAACUAAACUUGUAAACUUGUUUGUUUUUUGUUGUUUUAAAAACAUAUUACAAAAAAUGCAGUCCAACGUGGUACAUUUAUAAUGCAACGUAACAUAUACAUAACAUAAAUAUUUAUAACAUUUAUUUAUUAUAAGAUCACUCCGGUAAGAUUCAUACUAAUCUACAUAUUUUUAAAAUCUUUUGAAUAACUAAUCGCAAAACUUUAAAAUUGUCUCUAUAACAUUCUAUAAAAUAGCAAUAUAUGAGGCACUGAAACAUUUGGCCUUGUUAGGGCGUUUUUAGGUUCUCCUUUUGUGUGUUUUUACCAAAAUUUCAAUACUGCAAUCAUUUUUAAACAAGGAUUUGUUUUCAAUUUACAGCACAAUGUUACAAUUAGUCAAAUAGUGGUGUAAAAGUACAAUACUCAACUUUAACUAUUAAUUUAAAUGGAAACACAAACAUAUGAGAAAAGGAAAAUAAUAUUUUAAAACAUUUGUUUUAUUUAAGAAGAAUAUUUAAAUUAUUUGGGCAGAGGAUCAUAAUCUUAGUUUUAGAGCGUAGUUCAUAACUUGCUAUGAAAUCCAUACAACCAGAUAAUUUGGGUUCAUGUUUGUAUAAAACCAUAAGUCAUAUCUAUAUUGUAUAUUCAAUUUAUACUAUCCAGUUUUUCUUUGUAAAUUAUUUUUUACAACUGUCUUUUACACACUGUAAUCAGCAAUAGAUUGUAUGAGUUUGAGAGAUUCAGUUUUUACUUUUAUUAUACGUACAAUAACACUGAGGUAUAAUUAUAUUCUUAAGAUGUAAAAGCAUACAAUAGAAAAGAAAAUACUGACACACUGUACAGUUAUUUUUUAUAAGCAUUUAUAGUGUACUUAUGGAACAGACUACAGGCCUACAAUGAAGUUAUUACGUUAAUUUUAAUUUGUUUCAUAUUAAAAAUAUGAAUUCUUUGUAUCUAUGUGAGUGAAUAAAUAUAUUAAAUACAUAAAAAUAUAUAGUUUAUAAAAAAGCUAGUUUUAAAAAUAUUUAAAUUUAUUUUUGUUAUUCCUAAGUCUUUGAAUUUUGUAAACUCUGUAUAUCGUUUUAAAAACAGAUCAUAUCACGAUAAAGACAAUAUUUUGAUAUGAUUGUGUCGCUCUGUGGCUAAGCUUUGGCAAUUCAAGUCGAGUGAUAAUUUCGCCCAAGACUCUGAAUCCUCUCGUCUAAGGACUAAGGACCCCCAUAAGGAAGUCGACUGGAUGGACGAUGUCGUGGUAUAUCAGCUGAAGCCUUCAUUUCGGUGUGUUCUUUAUUUAAGGAACCGACGAAAAAGUAAAGUUUGAUAACUGAGAUGAUAAACUGUUUGUACAUAAAUAAUAUUUAUCGUACUCAUUGUCAUUAAUAUAUUUAUUGAUAUAAUGCGUGUUUGCACUAUUAGCAAACAUAAUUAAGUCUUCCAUUUUUAACUCGAUAAAGUGUGGUGCAUCGAUGCCUAGCCUACCUCCCUUCCUCUAGGUCAUUCUAGUGCACAGAGGUUAUUUUCAAUAUUCAUGUACAUCGGCGCUUACUCUUCAGUGUUAUGCCGUUUGGGUGUUGAAGUGUGACUGUAUGGGAAUUUUCUUACCUAGAUGCUUACAUAAGACAAUUGUACAAUUGGAGUUUCAGUUCCGGAGAAUGAUUGGGUACUAUCACAUUGUUUAAUUGUAUCGGUUGUGUUUGUUUGGCAUACUAUGAUAUGUUUAGUAGCCAAUAGUUUUUAUUGGCGUGUGUUGUAAAAACAGAGGAACACUAUCUUGUAGUCAUUUCUAGUGAUCUUCUCCUGACAACGUAUGACCAGAUAGUGUACACCCGAUCUCUGUCAAGACCUACUCUUAUGUAGAACCAAAGAUUGGACACUAUAAUAAAAGCUUUCAGAAAUCUU